CUGGUGAUGGUACACGAUGCGAUGCUAUGCGAUACGCAUGCGAGAGAGAGACUGAAUUGUGGACUGAUUGUAGACAAUUAUCAGCUGGUGGUGGGCUAAUUGCGAGCGGAGAAGACGAAGCAGAAGCAGAAGCAGAAGAAGAUGCCAUUGCCGUCGUCUUCGAUUCCUGCGUAGCUGCUCCGCCAGUCCUGGCAGGUGCCAUGUUCUGCCGCUCCACAGGCAUCAUCGGCUAUUAAUCCCGUCUUCAAUGCUAUGAUCUUCACUACAUCUCCCCACCUCUUGCCUUCCUCCUUGCGCUCUCUCUGUGGGUUGGAUCGCCCUUGGGUUCGUUACGCGGGUUAUUCGACGUUGCGAGCUAGUUUUCUCUGCUGUAAUAGUAAUAGUAAUAGUGCUGGUGGAGCGCGCCCGUCUCCUCCGCAAGCUUCUGCAAUUGAAGGGGCGUUCUUUGAAGGAGGCGCCACUACCGGAGUACGUGCUGGACAGCCAAGGCCCCACUUGAGUGGCAGAGCUGCUGGACCAACCUCGUUUUUCACGAGUUCUUCCGAGGUGACUGAGUUCUCGGUGGGUGACAAAGACAUGGAGUCCGCUGAUGCCAUGGUCUGUAUGCCAAUAGUCAGAGAAGCUAUUUUUCGGUUCGAUAUGUCGGAUGCUGCACGACAACAAGCUGCUCCGUGUCUUUCCUUUGAGAAUCCGAAGCUUCGAGAUGAGCCAAUUGACCAGUCCAGCCCCGAGAGGAAGACUCCCGUCUUUGUCCCACGGAUGAAUAUGGAUGGUGGUCAGCAAGUUGUUACGUUUUCGCUGCCUGCUGGCACCGCAUUCUAUGGAACUGGAGAAGUGGGUGGAUCGUUGGAACGGACAGGGAAGCGGAUAUAUACAUGGAACACAGAUGCCUGGGGCUACAAUCAGAAUACGUCGUCAUUGUACCAGUCACAUCCCUGGGUUUUCAGCGUGUUGGAAAAUGGGGAAUUUUUUGGAGUACUUGCAGAUACAAGCCAACGUUGUGAGAUUGAUUUGAGGAAAGAAGCGGUUAUCAGGAUUGCAGCUGAAGCGCCAUAUCCCGUGAUAACAUUCGGGCCGUAUCCCAACCCGGAGGCGUUGUUAGUUGCGCUUGCGAGUGCUAUUGGCACCAUCCAAAUGCCUCCGAAGUGGGCUCUUGGAUACCAACAAUGUAGAUGGAGUUACGAAACGGCAGAGAAAGUAUCUAAGAUUGCUAAUACUUUCCGGCAGAAGAACAUACCUUGUGAUGUUGUCUGGAUGGAUAUCGAUUACAUGCAUGGGUUCAAGUGCUUUACAUUUGAUGAGAACUUCUUCCCAGAUCCGAAGGCUCUUUCAGACGAGUUGCAUUCCAUUGGCUUUAAGGGGAUCUGGAUGCUUGAUCCCGGGAUCAAGGCAGAGAAAGGUUGGGACGUUUAUGACAGUGGAACUGAGGUGGACGCUUGGAUUCAAACUUCGAAUGGGAAGGAUUUUAUUGGUGAAUGUUGGCCUGGGUUAGUCGUGUUCCCAGAUUUCACAAACAAAAACACCCGCAAGUGGUGGUCCAAAUUGGUGGAAAAGUUCGUUGCUAAUGGUGUGGAUGGUAUUUGGAACGAUAUGAACGAGCCAGCAGUGUUCAAGACUGUAUCCAAGACCAUGCCGGAUACCAAUAUCCAUCGAGGAGAUGAGGAACUUGGCGGUGUUCAGUCUCACAAAUAUUACCAUAAUGUGUAUGGUAUGCUCCAAUCGAAGGCCACAAUGGAAGGUAUGUUGGCCGCCAACAAAAACAAGCGACCAUUUGUGCUGACCCGAGCAGGCUUCAUUGGAGGUCAGAGAUACGCUGCAACCUGGACUGGUGACAACUUAGCAACUUGGGAGCAUAUGGCCAUGAGUGUUCCUAUGGCUCUAAACUUGGGGUUGAGUGGACAGCCAUUCGCUGGCCCUGACAUCGGUGGAUUUGCUGGAGACGCCACUCCGAAGCUUUUCCUUCGAUGGAUGGGCAUUGGAGCCAUGAUGCCUUUUGCCAGGGGUCACUCCGAGCAAGGAACUAUUGACCAAGAACCUUGGUCCUUCGGUCCAGAGGUGGAGGACCUGUGCAGACUCGCUCUUAACAGACGAUAUCGGUUUCUGCCCCACUUUUACACCCUUUUCUACCAGUCACACAAGACGGGCUUGCCAGUGAUGACACCCUUGUUCUUUGCUGAUGCGUCCGACCCCUCUCUUCGGAAGAGAGACGACAGCUUCUUGCUUGGACCUAUUCUUGUUUCUACUUGUCCUACUCCGAAUCCAAGGAAAAACCUGGAGGCGGAUCUUCCGAAAGGCAUUUGGCGGCGAUUUCAUUUUGAAGAUGACAAUCCGGAGUUGCCACUCUUAUUCUUGAAAGGAGGAGGCAUUGUUCCAACUGGUCCUGUCAUUCAGCAUGCUGGCGAAGCCAAGCGCUCUGAUACUAUCACAUUGCUGGUUGCUCUUGAUGAUCAAGGAAAGGCCGAAGGAAUCCUGUACGAGGAUGAUGCUGAUGGCUUCAGUUUCCAAGAUGGUCAGUAUUUGCUCACUACCUACGAAGCCCAGCAGGUGUCCAUCGAGAACGUUAGAGAUGGAAGUGAGGUUGUAGUAAGAGUUACUCGUUCUGAAGGCAAAUGGACGAGGCCUGACCGCCAAUUACAUGUCCGACUUCUGAUUGGCAACACAACCGAGGUUGAAGGCGAGGGAAAAGACGGAGAGGAAGUGAGGAUUAAGGUGCCGCCUAAAGCUCUUCUUGAUAAGAUAGAGGCAGCCAACCACGAAUUCGGGAUUGCUGAAAGAGCUAAGACACAGUCAAUCCUGGAUCAGGUAUUCCAGGAGCACGAAGCUGUGAAGGGCGCCGGUGUUGUCCUGGAGCCUAUUGACUUGGUGGCCGGCAACCUUGAACUUAAAACCGUGUCAUGGAUCGGUGGCCGCAUAAUUUCAAUCAUUCACAAGCCAUCCGGAUACUCAUGGUUGGAGGGAAGGUUUGAGUCUGGGUGUUACGAGGAGUACAGUGGCAGCGAGUGGCGGUCUUCGGGAUGCACGGAGGAGUACAAAGUUGUUCGGCAUUCUUUGGCAGCCUUGGAUGGUGAAGAGUUUCUGGGACUGGAAGGUGAUAUUGGCGGAGGUUUGGUUAUGGCUAGAGAUAUUUCUGUUGGCAAAGAAUCGCCUGAUACUUUGAGUAUAUCUUCGAGGAUUGAGGCGAGAUCGGUCGGUGCUGGUUCCGGUGGCUUUUCAAGGCUCGUUAGGCUCCGCAUUCGUCCGCUGUUCAAGUUGGAUCAUCCUCUUGUCUCCAUGGUGGAGUACACUGCCAUUGAUGGUACUGAGCAUAUACUUCGAGCGACCACGGGAGUUGCAGAAAUGGUGUUCACCGGUGACAGCAGACCAAACGGCGAAUGGAUGCUUGUGGAUAAUCAAACUGGUCUGGCGGUGGUGAACAAAUUCGAUGUCAACCAGGUUGAGUUGUGUAUGGUCAAUUGGCUCCCAGGAUCUGUUACAAUGGAACUAUGGUCCGAAGAACGCCCAGUGUCAAAGGACACGCCUAUCGUCGUUUCGCAUCGAUAUGAGUUCAUCCACAAUUAAAGCUAGAUUUCGAAGAAGAUCCAUACAAAAGACGGUUAUUGUAGCUCCUACUGCGGAAUGUUCGUGACACUGCCGAAGAAUUAUGCAGUCUUGAAUUUUAUUAUUGUAAAGAUUUGAAGUGUUUUAUGUCACAGUUGUAAACCUCUACUGCCACUCAAAUUUUGGUUCCACUGAGGUUGCAAUCCCAGAUAAUGGAUUAUUCUUGUCGGGUAAUCGUAGAGAACUACUGUGAACGCUUCUGCUGGUAUGGCGGGGCCCUGGAUCAUACACUUUGAGCAGAUCGUUGAACGCAUGAACAGUAAUCUUUUGGGAGGAAAUUAGUGUUACAUGUGCAAACGAAAUCAAAUUAAAAAUAGCCAGUUUAACUGGUUUGUUAUUGCUUCCUA